ACAAAUUACAAAAAAGAAAAAAGGAGAUAAUAAUCACAAACUACAAAAGUAGAAAGAAAAAAAAAAAGAUAUUAGUUCUUGAAUCUUUGCAUCAAUGGAGGAAUCAAAAGCGUCUCACGUUGCGAUCAUACCAAGUCCGGGAAUGGGUCAUCUCAUCCCACUCGUCGAGUUCGCUAAACGACUCGUUCAACGUCACGGCUUCACCGUUACCUUCGUCAUCGCCGGGGAAGGUCCACCGUCAAAAGCUCAGAGAACCGUCCUUGACUCUCUCCCUUCUUCGAUCUCAUCCGUCUUUCUCCCUCCCGUUGAUCUCACUGAUCUAUCUUCGUCCACUCGCAUCGAAUCUCGGAUCUCCCUCACCGUGACUCGUUCAAACCCGGAGCUCCGGAAAGUCUUCGACUCGUUCGUGGCGGGAGGUCGUUUGCCGACGGCGCUCAUCGUCGAUCUCUUCGGUACGGACGCUUUCGACGUGGCCGUAGAAUUCCACGUGUCACCGUAUAUUUUCUACCCAACAACGGCCAACGUCUUGUCGUUUUUUCUCCAUUUGCCUAAACUAGACGAAACGGUGUCGUGUGAGUUCAGGGAAUUAACCGAACCGCUUAAGCUCCCUGGAUGUGUACCGGUCGCCGGGAAAGAUUUCCUUGACCCGGCCCAAGACCGGAAAGACGAUGCAUACAAAUGGCUUCUCCAUAACACCAAGAGGUACAAAGAAGCUGAAGGGAUUCUUGUGAAUACCUUCUUUGAGCUAGAGCCAAAUGCUAUAAAGGCCUUGCAAGAACCUGGUCUUGAUAAACCACCGGUUUAUCCAGUUGGACCAUUGGUUAACAUCGGUAAGCAAGAGGCUAAACAAACCGAAGAGUCUGAAUGUUUAAAGUGGUUGGAUAACCAGCCGCUCGGUUCGGUUUUGUACGUGUCCUUUGGUAGUGGCGGUACACUCACAUGUGAGCAGCUCAACGAGCUUGCUCUUGGUCUUGCAGAUAGUGAGCAACGGUUUCUUUGGGUCAUACGAAGUCCAAGUGGAAUUGCUAAUUCGUCGUAUUUCGAUUCACAUAGCCAAACCGAUCCAUUGACAUUUUUACCACCAGGAUUUUUAGAGCAGACCAAAAACAGAGCUGUCUCAACUUUUAUCUGAAUAUGUUUUUUUGGCUUUUGAUCAAUUCGUAAGUUUUACAUGGUGCAAUUAAGAUCCGCCGUAUAGUAGUACAAUAUUGUUCAAGAAACUCGUCAAUAAAUACUUUCAAUAUCU